UUGUAGAAUCCAUGCCACAAUUAAUUGAGGCUGUUCUGAGGGCCUCUGACCUGUUUCCAUCUAAGGUGUCAUGUGCUGAGUCAUACAGUGAUCUCCAAUGUAGUUUCUCUGUAAUUCAAUGGAUAUCAGCUGUAAUACAGUUAUCUUUGACAUCUCACUUCUUGACUUCACUUGAUUAGUAAAAUCCUGUCAUCUUCUAGCAGCUCUUUUAACCUUUGUUCUAGUGUGGGAGAGUGUUUCUAUUUUAUCUAUUUCCUAAAUUACCUCAGUCACAGGAAGAGAGUUGUGUGGGUUGUGUAAUUAUACACAUUCCACACUGCAUAGACACCAGUGAUGUGUGUGUCAAUAAUCUCCCAUAGCAAGAUUACAUGGUUAAAGUAAGGUCCCUAUUUGUACGUGAGACUAAGGUAUUUAAGCACAAUCAAGUGACCUUAAUGUACACACUUCCUACCCUCAGUCAGGCUGUUGCUACCGGUAUCUCCAAGUUACCUGUGACUCAGUAGCAUAGAACAUUGACUCUCAAAGAUGAACAUGUUUGGAUAUGUGCUUGGACCUUCUUGUGUACGGUAGCAGGAUCAGUCCUCUCUAGAGGUAAGACAACAGGCAGGAUGCGAACAACAAGCUGAACACCGAGCACAUGUAUCCAUUACAGAAGUUGGUUAACAACUGGGAAUAUCAGAUUCGUUUUAUUCAAUCAAAAACUAAAACAAGGAAAACAGUUUAUCUAGCUGAUAGACUAUUUCUGAUUAGAAAAUCUCUGGUGUAGAUUAGAAUAAAUCUUGAAAAAUAACCAAUGUUAUGUAUCAUUGUCACAUACUGUAGUUAUGUGUGUAAGAGCCAAAUUAAUGUUACAGUAUGAGUUUAACAGAUUAACAUUUUUAAUUUCUAGCCUUUAGGUAAAUGCUUUGAAUUGUACGCUGAGGACUUUGAAUGUACUGUAAAGGUUGGCUGGUGUUGUUUUUUUUUAGCUUUCCCACAAUCCUUUGUUCAGCAACUGCUUCAAAAUCAAACCAAAUCAAUUGUUUUCUGUCAUGUCAUCAGUUAAUGGGUGAGGGGGUAAAGAAAAGGGGAUGUUACCGGCACCAAAGAGAUAGCAACCACUCCAGAUUCAACUGUGCAUACAAGUGGUAUUUAUCUCUCUCACGCUCUGCAGCUUCCCCUUGCCUCAGCCCUGUCAUGCCUCGCUCAUUCCUGGUCAAGAGUAAGAGACCAGGGUCUCAUCCCCCUUGCUUCUCUAAAGGCACCAGACACACAAACCCUGACCAGCCACAACUUCAUAAAAAUCAUCACGACAGGCAGAACAGGGCGUGGCAGGAAGUAAGGUCCCCACAUCGGAGCCCCUUCCAGGGCAACCUGUGCUCAGGGUCAGAAGUCAAGGACACCCUGGACUACCCCUGUCCUAGCUGGGACGCCAUGGCAACCAGACCACACAGCACCUCGCCAGGUGACCUCUGGACCAACAGGUCUGCAGAAACCCAAGGGUACGAUGGUGUGGAGCCUUCCGAGUCUGCCCUGCCCUGGUACCCACACUGGCCCCGGGGCCCUGACAGAGAGAGGGAGCUGGAGAAACUGGUCCAUUUCUUACUGAGCCACAGGCCACAUAUGGACCUCAAUUCCACCAGCCCAUGCCCCCUCUGUGAAAAGGUCUUGUACUCAGGAGCUGUACUGAAGACUCAUUUACUCAGGUCACGUACAUGCGUGCAUGCAGUCCCAUUGGCCACGUCAGCCAAAGCCCCAGAGCACCCCUACGAGUUCAAACAAGCUCUGGGCAUGUACGGAAGACCAAAGGAGCGUAGCUAUAGCUGUAAGGAGUGUGGGAAGGUAUUCAAGCGCUCCUCCACCCUGUCCACCCACCUGCUCAUCCACUCUGACACCAGGCCCUACCCCUGCCAGUACUGUGGCAAGAGGUUCCACCAGAAGUCAGACAUGAAGAAACACACCUUCAUACACACAGGUGAGAAGCCCCAUGUGUGCCAGGUGUGUGGCAAGGCCUUCAGCCAGAGCUCCAACCUCAUCACCCACAGCCGUAAACACAGCAGCUACUGGCCCUUCAGCUGCAUGCACUGCCAAAGCAGCUUCCAGCGCAGACUGGACCUACAGCGCCACCAGGAGACACAAUGUGUCCAUAGCAGCGUGUACACACAGAGCUGAGGCCACGGGUAUAAUGGAAAUUUGUAUUACAUAAGUACUGAAUGUAGCACAAGAAUGAGUGCUUUGUAUAGAUUGUUGACUGGUAUUUGCAGUACCAUUUUUAUAUGGUACUUUGAUCAGUGACUGAGGCUAAGCACAUUACUUAUGUUCAAGUUAUUUGGCCAUUUGUUUUUGUGGAUUUGCUUUCGCUCACAGCUUUUCAGGUUGACUGUUUGGAUAGUGCCUUGAGGGGACCUGAUCACUUUAACAUCUCUAGCAAUGUCAUAUAUAGUGUACGAGCUGGAUUCCAUUAUUAGCGCAGAAGAUCAGCGUUGUAGCCAGUUGAAAUGUAAAGAUAAUUUUCGAUUGAGCCAACAUAUUUUUUUAUUUUUUAUUUUUUUUAACCUUUAUUUUACUAGGCAAGUCAGUUAAGAACAAAUUCUUAUUUUCAAUGACGGCCUAAGAACAGUGGGUUAACUGCCUGUUCAGGGGCAGAACGACAGAUUUUGUACCUUGUCAGCUCAGGGAUUUGAACUUGCAACCUUUCGGUUACUAGUCCAAUGCUCUAACCACUAGGCUACACUGCCACGAAUGCUGUCUCCGCCAACACGGAAACAUUGCCUUUAAAUGUCAGUCACGCUUUAACGCUACGGAUUAUUUAAAAAAAACGUGGUUUGUAGAGUGACAAAGCAAACCCCUAUUUCCCACUGUAAUUGUCAAUUUUCCUCAGAGAGCCGUUGCAAUUGUAGCUCCCAUUGUUGGUGUAUGAAUGAACCUGCCAUUUUCACUGUGGCAGCCCACCCAAGGGCAUAAUAAUAUACAUCCAGCCCAUGGGGAACAUGACAGCAGUACGAGCAGAGAGAGACAAUGAUUAUGUUGAAGUGAUGCUCCACAAUUAUGGCGAGACAACGUGACUGUAUAUUUUCAGUGUCACAGCCUGGUCAGCAUGAGUAUAUAUAAAAAGGGAUUUAGAUUAAAAAUAAAUACUCUGUUUAAGUUGAGAAUUUCUGGGGCUUCAUUCAUUGUUCUCUCCCGCACUUUAUUUGAAGAUUAAACACAAAAACUCAGC